CAAGAUAAUGCUUUAGAACAAACGAAUAGGGCAGACUUAGGGAAGAAUUACCCCACGUUGAUGUUCACUCAGUUCUUGUUUGUUUAGUCUGUUGGUCUGAUGUGUUGUUUUCUGGUGGGCAAUAUCAACCAUCACAAGUGGACAAACUAGAACAAUACCAGGCAAUUAGUAGUUUUUUCGGCCGUGUUUUUCCCAGUGCGCAUGCGUAGUGGGCGUUAGUGCGACUUAUUUAUCAGAUGAGGUAUUUUUCGUAGCAGCGGCCAGUGUUUACAUCCCUCAGGUGACAGCCACGACUCUCGGCAGGCAUCAGAAUGGACGGCUUUGGUGACAGCUUCGUGCCCCCUGUUGAUGGCAAUGCUGGGGAGGUGGACCCAGCAGCAGAGUUCCUGGCAAGGGAGCAGGACCAGCUGGCUGGCCUUGAUGAUGACAUAAUCCCCCCCGCUGCCUCAGCGGCAGCGCCUGCACAGACCGACGGGUCAAGUCCUUCUCCUGCCCCUGCUGCUCCAGGCCUUGAAGCUGACUUGUUUGGGGCUGCCCCAAUGAACGGGGGUCCCGACCUCGAGAGUUUUGAGAUGCUGGGUGGAGAUGAGGUGUCCCAAGCAGGAGCACCAGCUGAUGACCCAUCAGCUGAAGCAGUAGCAGCUGAGGAAGCUUUUGCUGAGCCAGCUCCUGCUGAAGCAGCUCCUCCUGAAGGAGCACCUGAGCAUGGAGGGGAUUAUUCAGGCUUUGGGGCAGACUUUGGGGGAGCUUCUGUGCCUACUGGUGAUGCUGCUGCCUCUGUCGGGGAUCUCUCUUUUGUGGGUGAUGCUUCAGCUACUGAAACUUCACCAGCUCGUCCAAUGGCAUACUCUCCAAUUCCACAUGUAACAAGAGAAGAGCCGGAGAAGAUAAAGAUCUGGCGCCAACAACAGGAAGUACGUCUGGAAGAAAAAGAUGCUGCUGAGGAGUUGGCUAAGGCAGAUCUGAAACAGAAAGCUCAAAAGGAACUGGAGGACUGGUACAAGCAGCAUGAAGAACAGGUAGCAAAGACCCGCCAAGCAAACAGGGAUGCAUCCAAGUCUGCUGAGAAGGAACUGGUGGCCGAUAUUGGAAAAAUGGAGCCAGGCACAGAGUGGGAAAGAAUUGCCAAGCUCUGCAAUUUCAACCCCAAGACUUCAAAAUCAUCCAGAGAUAUUUCCCGCAUGCGUUCCAUUAUCCUGCAGGUGAAACAGAACCCACCACUAAAGGCUUAAUACGAACUUAUAUACUGCCUACCAUUGACUAGCAUUGUGAAUCUGCUUGCAUAAAUGUCCCUAUCAUAGAUAUGUACAGAUUACAGACUCUGCAGUGUUUCUUAUCUUUUUAGGAAUAUGAUCAAUGACUAAACUACCACCAGUAAAACUAUUAACUUAGUUAUAUAGUUGAUAUAAAAUUGUGUUCACGACAGCUUCAACAGACUUCACUUUAUGUGAAAUUAACAUGUUGGACAUUGAGAGGCUGUAAAGUAGAUGUACAAGUCUGUUGAGAGUUUGGGAUAUAUUGCAAACCAUAUAUAUAUAUUACCUAAUUCAGUUAUAUAUUGUGUAACCUCAGAGUAUAAAUAAUGUUGAAUUCUAUUCAUAUGAAUGUUAAAAUUAAGUCAGAGUAUUGAUCAUGGCAGAAUAAUAACUACUCUCACAUAGACCAGAACAGUGCAGAUAGCUAAUUCUCAACAUAAGCAUUUGUUUGAAGCAGUAUACAGCCAAUAGUUGUAAUUAGAAUGGAUGAAAAUUUUAAAAGUUUUGUGAGAAAGCUUUUGUGGUUCUUACAACGUGGGAUUUUUUUUCAGUUAUUAUUCUAUGAAAAUAUGUGUUGAGGAAUACUGGAAACAGAGUUGAAAAAGUUAUUUAAUCUUCCAGCAAAUAUUUCAUAAUUCCCUCAUUUGUUAUGUUCCUCUAAAUUACCAGUUUUGGCCAAUCUUAAGGAGCUUGUGUUUGAUUUUAUUCUUAAUCUGUCAUCUGUUCUGAUCUCUCAUUACAUUAAGCUUCCCUAAACUCUGCGUACAAUGCAGAGUAAAGGAAUGUAAAAACACUACGCAGAUACACAUGAUUUACGUGAAAAGUUCAAACUAAAGUAGCAUUGUCACAAAACUAAUACAGUUGGACCUUCUGUUUGUCUAUUUAAGAGGUAACUCAUAAAGUUAGUUUUUCAAGGUCAUCUUCUAUAGUGGUUAUCAAAAUAAUUUUCAGUAUUUUUUGUGUGCCUUAAGAUACUAUACAUAUUACAGUAGUAAGAAAGGUUUCCUGUCAUUUAGUUUUUUUGAGUUGAAAAAUAUACCUACAAUUUUAUUUAUUAAUCUUUUACUUUCAUUUGUUCAUUUUAUUUAUGAUUGUCAGUUCAUGAUCAUUUGCUUUUUACUGAAUGAUACAGUUUUCUAACCUUACUGUAAUCUGCUCUUGGUUAAAAUAUACUUCCUGGUAAAUAUAAAAAGAAUGCAAAGAAAAACAUGUAGGUCAUGUGUUGUGAAAAUGAUUCUUUCAGGCUGCAGGGUUGUAUAAAUUAGUGUAUGCUGCUCGUAGAAUGAUGAAAGAUACAUUGUUACACAUUCCAAAUAUUUAUAGGAUUUGGAUGGAAUAAAAGCAUAGUUGCUCAUGCAUAAAUUAUUUCACUGGUAGUUGUGUUAAUAAUAAAAUAUAUGCUGUAAUUAUAUA